AUGUCGAUAGACAAAGACAAACUAUUAAAAAUUAAAUUUAAUUGUGAUUGGCGUUGUUGUCGUCGUUCAAUUGAUGAUAAUAUCAAUAUUCGUGUUAUGACAAAUACACUUAGUAACAAUAAUUGCUAUUGGACUCCUAUACGAUUACCACAUAUUACUGUUAAUAAAGAACGCGAAAGCAAUCAUAUUACUAUUAACGAUCAACAAAAUUGGUGGUAUUUCAAAGAAUUUGAAUGGAACGCUCGCCAACAUGACUCAAACCAACAAGUCUUUCUUAUAUUUGAGUCACCCAAUGAUUGUGUAAAUAAUUACUCGUCAGUUAAUACUUUUACAGUAUGGUUAAAUGAAAUACAAAUCUUUUCAGACUCAUUUCAUUCACCAGAAAUAUCGAUUGAUUUGACUGAACAACUUCUAUAUAAAGAUAAUUCAAAAAAUGAUAAACACAAAAAUACUUUAAUAGUACAUUGUACAAAUGCUUCUCUAUGUUUAAAUGUUUAUCUACUCUUAUCACACGAAAUUUUUUAUGCAAUUGAACAAGAAAAUACUCAUGUUGAUAUGGAAAAAAAUUCGACGACGUUAUUCUUGAGAAAAAAUCAUGUUCUUGAUUAUUUGGUUCGUUUUAAUGAUACUGAUGGUCGAUUUGAUAUUGGUUUUAAUCCAAAAUUAAAACAACAAGAUCUAUCUGAUUUGGAUAUGAAUGAAAAUCUUGACCUAACAGUCCCACAAAUAAUUCAUAGUGAAACAGAUAUCGAAGAUUUCCAUGUACCUCAUCUAACUAUUGUUAUGCUUAUUGUUGGUUCAAGAGGUGAUGUACAACCAUUUAUUGCUUUUGGUCAAACACUUCAUGCAGCUGGUCAUCGUGUUCGCUUGGCAACACAUGAAAAAUUUCGAAAAUAUGUUCGUGAACAUGACUUAGAAUUUUUUCCAUUAGCUUCUAAUCCAGAUGAUUUAAUGUCAUUUAUGGUUAAAAAUGGUGGUCUUGUUCCAUCAAUGAAUAGUGUUAUGGCAGGUGAUCUGAAAAAAUACCGUCGUGAUAUUUCCAACAUUCUUGUAUCUACAUGGCUUGCAUGUACAGAAAAUGAUGAUGAAACAUCAGCUUCAUUUACAGCAGAAGUUAUUAUUGCUAAUCCACCAUCAUUUGGUCAUGUACAUUGUGCACAAAAAUUACAAAUUCCAUUACAUAUAAUGUUUACUAUGCCUUGGUCAGCUACAACUGUAUUUCCACAUGCAUUUUGUAGAGUCGACUAUUCAAAACUACCAAAAGAAAAACUUAAUCUUCUUUCAUACAGUGUUAUGGAUACUCUUACAUGGUAUGGUAUGCGUGAUCUUGUCAAUGAUUUUCGUCGAGAAACAUUGGGUCUUCCAUCAAUCCAUACACGUCAAGCUGUACGUCUGUUAAUCGAUGAACGUGUACCGCAUUCUUAUUGCUGGUCAUCAUCAUUGGUUCCUAGACCAUAUGACUGGCCACCACAUAUUGAUGUUUCAGGUUAUUUUUUUCUCAAUCAUGAUAAUGAUAAUUACAAACCACCAGAUGAUUUAGCUGCUUUUCUUGGUCUCAACAGUGAUGAUCGAGAUAAAGAAAAAUUAUUACCACCAAUAUACAUAGGUUUUGGUUCUAUAACAGGAAAUGAUUUAGAUAGUCUUUUUCAAGUUAUAUUGGAUGCUUUAGCAAGGACAGGCUAUCGUGCUUUACUUUCUGGUUUUGAUAAACAUGAUGAUAAACUACCUGAUAAUAUUUUUAAAAUCGAUGAUAUUCCACAUGAUUGGCUAUUUGAACAUGUAUCGGCUGUAUGUCAUCAUGGUGGAGCAGGUACCACUGCAGCAGGUCUUCGUGCAGGUAAACCAACCAUCAUUUUACCUUUUUUUGGUGAUCAAUUUUUUUGGGGUGAUGUUGUCGAAAAGAAUGGUGUUGGUCCUUCACCAAUACCUGGAAAAAAUGUAACAGUUGAUGAUUUAGUAGAAGCAUUUAAAAUAGUUCUUCAACCAGCAAUGCAAAAUGCUGCUAAACGUAUUCGUGAAAUUUUAUCUCAUGAAGAUGGAUGUGCAACAGCAUUGCGCAUGUUUCAUGCUCAUCUACCUCUUUCACGUAUGCGUAGCGAUCUUGAGUCAACAUUUGCUGCAUGCUAUCGUGUCGAUGAACUUGAUUUACAAGUGUCACGACCAGUAGCUCAAGUCCUUGUUGCAGCAGGUGCUUUAGAUGAAUCACAAUUUCGUCUUUAUCCUACUCGAGAAUGGGCAUCUAUAUAUGAUCAUCGUAUGCAUGUGCCGACGAGUGGUGUUUUCAAACACACACACAAAGCUUUUUCUUAUAUAUUUAUUCACACUACAAGCGGCAUGAGACGAGCCAUCAGUAGUACCAAUAUAAUAACAGGAAUUGUUGGUGGCGUCACCGGCGUAUUCAGAGAUAUUGUUAAAGGUAUUGGGCACCUAUCCGUCGGAAUCGUAUCGUUAUAUGGCGAAAUGACAGAUGUUCUUAGUCGUGUUCCAUCAUUAUAUGAUCCAUACAGUGAAUUAGAUACACAUGAAAGAUCACAUGUGACUGAUUUCAAAUCUGGCAUUAAAGCUGCUGGUCUUUCGAUUAAGCACGGUUGGAAAGAUGGCAUAACCGGAUUCAUUAGAAAACCACGUGUAGGUUAUCGCCGUCAUGGCAUAUUAGGUGGUGCUACGGGAGCAUUAGUAGCUACUGCUAAUGGUUUUGUAAAGCCUCUUGCAGGCUCACUUGCCUCUGUCACUUGGCUAGGUCGUGGUAUGUAUGCUAGUAUGAAGAAGAAACACAACAAAAAACAUGGAGCAAAUGAACAGCACAUUAUAAUCAAUAAACUUUCUGUACAGUCUACAUUUUCAUCAUCAUCAUCAUUAACGGAUUUAGAUCAACAAGAGCAAUAUGAUGAUAAUCAUGAAGUUCCAAGAAUUAUCAAGUUUGCAUCAGCUGUUUCCGGUUAUCCUGCUGAAGUUUGUCAACAAAUUUUAGAUGAAUUUGAUAAAGUUAAAAGACAUCAUGAGCAAAUUACUGAAUUUUCAUCAAAUCAAACUCAAAAGCGUCGACGUAGACAUCUAUUUCGACGACAUCGAAGUUAUUCAGAUUCUGCAAUUUAA